UUGGAUUUCAUAAAUGCAAAAAAAUAUUUAAAAUUCCAAUCCAAUACACAUAAUUGCGUUGCUUAGAUAGCUAAUCAAAAUUUAGUGAUCCGAUUGAAUCGAAAGCGGAUCAGAUCAGGGAGUUCCAGAGCAUCAGUCUUGGUAAAUGGCUGGAUUAUUCGACAAACAAGCGGAGGUAUACUUGGACGCAAGGCCAAAUUAUCCGGCUGAAUGGUACUCGAUGCUCGCUGAUCGGACCCUUUCUCACUCUCUUGCUUGGGAUGUCGGCACCGGCAACGGCCAAGCUGCUAUUGCUGUUGCUGAACAUUACAAAAAAGUUAUUGGAACUGAUGUGAGUGAAGCUCAGCUGAAAUGUGCUACACAACACCCUCGAGUGCAGUACAUACAAACCCCGUUAUCUCUUUCUGAUGAUGAAAUAGUCUCGUUGAUCGGUGGUGAAGGUUCUGUAGAUUUAGUCACUGUAGCUCAAGCUGUACACUGGUUUGAUCUCCCCAAAUUCUACUCAACUGUCACUCGUCUUCUCAGGAAACCAGGAGGCUUAUUCGCAGUUUGGGGAUACAAUGACAUUGUUGUUAGUCCUACAUUUGAUCCUGUAAUGAAGCGAUUUCAUGCCACAACACUUCCUUACUGGAAUCCAAAUAUCAAACACAUAUUUGAUGGAUACCAAACUCUUCCAUUUCCUUUUCAAGAUGUUGGGUUGGGCUGCAAAGGCAAGCCAUUGCAACUUGACAUACCGAAGCAACUCUCAUUCGAGGGGUUUAUUAGGAUGUUGAAAUCUUGGUCAGCGGUUACUACAGCCAAGGAAAAGGGGGUGGAUCUGUUACCAGAGGAUAUGGUUAAAGACUUUGAGACGGCAUGGGGUGGCCCUAAUCUGGUUAGAUCAGUUGCCUAUAAGGCGUUUAUGCUUGCAGGAACACCUCUAGAGUGAGGUUUGUUGUGUACUCUUUCAUGUUGCUACUACAAUCAGAGAUAUUGUAGAUUAAAAAUUGUGAACCUGUCAACUGCUAAACCAAUACUCUGUAAUCGCUUUUCUUUAUCUGUAAUCUAUCUACUGGGAUAAUGAUUCCGAGGACA